AUGAUAAUGGGAGCGAAGAUACCGGGCACGACUAAGGUUGUCACCAUGCGAAACUCGUGCACCAGGGCCCUGAUAGCGUCUGUCGCCUUUCUCGUCGUCCUGAUUUUCAUGCUCCGCAGUGAGCAGUCCAUCGAUGUUCGAUCACAGAUUCUGCGACAAUCCGGCGUCAAGUCAGCCGGUGCCGUCCCUGAGCAACAACCUCUUGACCAGUCAACACCAAUGCCGCCGCCGCAAGAUCCAGCAUUGUCCGAAUUCGAGCCCCAGAGCGACCAUGUGCCCAAUUGCGACAUCGACAUGGACCACCUGCGGGAGGUCAAGGAGCGCCACCAGCUUGAGGACAAGUUCCAGUACAUGAAGCGAUACGUCAAGUUCACGCGCAAGGACGGCCUCGAGCGCAAGUCAAUGACCCGCCUUCACGAUCAGAACCUCCUUCCCAACAAGUUCAAGACGGUCGAGCUCGGCCAGCACUACGGCCAGCAGGAAUGCGCAGAACCUCUACUGGUCGACGUACCUCGCUCGGGCCUUCCCUCGACCGUCAAUGCCUCUGACUUUACAUUCGGCAUUUCCACUACCUACGGCCGGUUCAUGGACCCAGAGACAACAUCAAUCAACGAGUGGAUCUUCUGGCUGACGGACAGCCGCGGAAACUCGAACGGUGGCAAGCUGCUGCUCAUGCUGCUCGAUGCCAGCGACGAGGAGCUACAGGAGGUGGCCAACCUUCUCGGCGACGUGGGUAUCGACGUGGACGUCUAUCACAGCGACUCAUCCGUGGAGAUGGCUGUCCGCUACCUCAACCUGGUACCCACGUUGUACACACACCGUGAUACGCCCAACAAGAAGUGGCUAGUCACAUGCGACGAUGACACUUUCUUCCCCAGCAUGCACGGCUUGAUCGAGGAGCUGGGGAAACACGACCACACGCGGCCCAAGUACAUUGGUACCUUGUCGGAGGAUGUCGGCGCGCUAGACCGCCACGGCUCCCAGGCCUUUGGAGGCGCCGGUGUCUUCCUCUCCAUCCCCAUGGCGCAGCGUAUCACGGAGCUCUACGCCACUUGCAUCUCUCCAGAGAAGAUCCUCGAAUCUGACUCUGGCUGGGGCCCUCAGGGUGACAUUAUCCUGCGCAAGUGCAUCUACGAGAACACGGACACACGCCUGACGUCCGUUUGGAAUCUCUGGCAGCUCGACUUCUACGGCGACCCCAGCGGCUUCUAUGAAUGGGGCAUCAAGCCCCUGUCUCUGCACCACUACCGUGGCGGAGGCUGGCACUCGGCGAAGCCGGGGCAGUUCACCAAGAUUGCCCACACGUGUGGAGAGGACUGCUCCCUGCAGCGCUUCCAGACCAGCGACGACUGGGUCAUCUCUGGAUACUCGAUCGCGCACUACCCCGAAGGUAUUGACUGGGACUAUUACCAACAGGAGGGCACGCUAUGGGCUGCACCCGAGAACAAGGGAUGGAACCUCGACUUUGUCUUUGGCCCGCAACGACCGAGCCUGCACGGGACGGGCAAGAAGAUUGCCUGGGAGCUCAAGGAAUCCGAGGUUCGGUCCGAUUCGUCCGUGCUGCAGACGUACGUGCGCAAAAAGGACGACGAACGCUGGGUCCAGCAGGACGGGCAACCCAUGAGCAACAUCGACGGUGUCAUUGAGCUUGUCUGGAUUCCAUCGUGA